GAAAUUUGCUGUUGUUGGAUGUUUAUGUUACUCACUUACUGGAUUCUGUUUGAGGCAUACACAUAGUGAUAAACAUGAGUAAAAGUAUCUGACCAUUGAUGAGCGUUGGGCCCAGGAUGUGUUACGGUGUCAUUUCUGUGAGACCCCCAGCCCCCCCUAUGUAGCUUUGACAUUUGUCAUACAUCUGUGUAAACCCUGUGAGGGGGAAGAACUCUCUGAUCAAUCCAGUUAGCGUUAUCUAUCAAAACAGAAGAACAUUGCCACACAAUGAAUUCUCCCAGUGCUGAGUCUUCUCCCCCGGACAGACCACUCAUCGAUAUACCACAUAUCAUCACACAGAUAAACACCGAGUGUGGAGGAUUACGCAGUGUGUCCUGUCUGAGUGAUGAGGAGAUGUGGACGUGUGGUGAUGACAAAAUCCUGAGACUCUAUAACCUGCAGGGGGAACUAAUGAAGUCAAUCCAAACCAAGUCAGGGAAUGGUCCACAGGACAUAGCAGUGACAUGGAGUGGGGAUCUAGUUUAUACUGAUUACAGUGGAACUGUGAACAUUGUGAAGAAUACACAGAUACAGACAGUGAUCAGACUACAGGGGUGGAAACCUCGCAGUGUCUGUAGUACCUCCUCUGGUGACCUUCUGAUUGUUGUAAACAGUGAUUGUUAUAAACAAACAAAAGUUAUGUGUUACUCUGGCUCCACAGAGAAACAAAGUAUCCAGUACGAUGACAAAGGACAACCUCUCUAUUCAUCUGGUGGCACUAAAUACAUCAGUGAGAACAGGAACCUAGAUAUCUGUGUGGCAGACUAUGAGGCCAGUGCAAUAGUGGUGGUCAAUCAGGCCGGAAAACUCCGGUUUACCUACACUGGUCCUCCUUCUACUACCAAAGGAUCAUUUGGUCCAUGCGGCAUCACAACAGACAGCCAGGGUCUGAUCCUGACUGUAGACUUUGACAACGACCGUAGCCACAUCCUGGAUCAGGACGGACAGUUCCUCCGCUACAUUGACAACUGUCAUUUUGACCAUCCAUGGGGUUUAUAUGUGGACACCAGAGACAACCUCUUUGUGGCUGAGGUAGGAACAGGCAUAGUGAAGAAAAUACAAUAUGUCUGGAACAUAACACAGCAGUGUAACAUUGUUUUUAUGUAUUACAUGUUGAUUAACUGACUGUGGGUAUAUAUAAAACAUGUAUUUGCAUAAAGAUAAUUAACUACCGUAUAUUGUAUAAUAGAUUCUUGCAUAUAAAAUAUAUGUUCAUGUUAACAAUAUCAUUGUUUUGUUUUUCAUGUUUAUACAUGUACAUCAUGGAAAGAAACUACUGGUAUUUGUUUUAGUGUGUUGAUUGUAUUGUCAACAAAUUGACUGUAUAUGCAUUUAAUGUCAAAACAAACUAUGUGCAUUAUAUGAAUACAAUCAGAAAAACAUUGUUUGGUAUAUGUCCAAAAAAUCAAAACAUUUUAUUGUUGAAAAAAUGACACUAAAGUUUGAAUUGAAAAAAAGACUUUUUUUUUAGCUCUCUUAGGAGUUAGGAGUUAAUUUUGAAUCGUUUUCUUAAAGAUAAAAAUAUAAUUCUGCAUACAUUUUCUUUUCUCAAAGCUGAAAAAACGAAGGUACAACAUUUCUUGAACAUUUGAAUGGUGUUCUUUGACUUUGUUCGAUUAUGAUUUCUUUCCACGAAGAAAGAGUAACUUUUGUUUCAUGCACACCAGUACCGGUAAUAAACCCUGCAGUUGUGCAUUGUAUACCUUAAAUAGUGUCUUAUUAUGUCUAAUAAAUAAUUUGU